GAAUAUUUUGGAAGAAAUAUUUCUGCCACACAGACGAACGCCUUUGCCUUUCCAUCAGUCACCUCUCACGCCAGCCCAACUUUGCAUCUUUGCAACAAAUUCAGAACUACUCGAAUAUGAACUGUACCGUAAUACAAACAAGCUUAAAACGGUUCAAGAUGGAGAAUGCUACUAGGCUUCAAGGAAGCAUUCCUUGCAGCAGUCCAAGGAUGGGUUUGCAGAGAAUGGUAGUCAAAUUACAUAAAGUAUCCAUAGGGAAAUAUACUUCACAGCGUGCUUCGGGGAGGAUAUUUUGUAACCCUGUUAGUUUGGAGGAGGAAUUUUCAGCUCUACAAUCACCAGAUAUAUCGAGGAAUGACGAGUCUGAUACCGAUUCUUCAAAUGAGGAUGAUCUUGAUCGACCUUUGAGUGCUGAGGAGUUGAAGGUGCUGCUGACUGAUUCUGAAAGAUUAAAGCUGCUCAAGAAAUUGAGUGAAGCCAAUCAACAUAAUAGGUUCCUUAAACGCCAGUUGCAAGCACGGGAGGAUGAACUGGUUAGUUUCAAAAGUGAACUUGCAGUGGCAGAACUCGAGAUUGAGGCUUUGGUCAGUUUGGCAGAAGAAAUUGCAAAAUCUAAUAUUCCAGAAGGUACAAGAAAGAUUAAUGGGAAAUAUAUUCAGUCUCACCUCCUUUCACGUCUCCAAGCUUUAAAAGGAAAACUGAAGGAACAAGUAAAGGAUGUGGAAGCUGCUCAAUCCAAAGAGGUUCCUUUAUUCUGGAUGGGUUUGGCAGAGAGUGUGCAAGUAAUGGGAUCUUUUGAUGGCUGGAGUCUAGGAGAACACUUAUCACCAGAGUACACAGGUUCAUACACACAGUUCUCAACAACAUUACUGCUUAGACCUGGAAGGUAUGAGAUCAAAUUCUUGGUGAAUGGAGAGUGGCAACUAUCCCCACAAUACCCUACUGUUGGUGAGGGAUUAACCCAGAACAACUUACUGGUUGUGGAAUAGCUCCAAUUAGCAGACACCUGCUCAUAUCUAUCUACUGAGCUAUAGAAAAUGUAAUUCCUGCCAUCUUACUUUAAAAUCUGUAAGGAAUUGGAUUGUUCAUCUUCUAUAUUCAUCCAGUCAUGUACUUAAUUAACUAUCUAAUAUAUGUAGUUGACUAGUCCGUGAGAUUAUAAUAA